AUGACGAUCGCAGAUGAGUUCAGGUCGCGCAACUUCAGUAUCUAUGGCCAAUGGGCUGGGGUACUCUGCAUAGUUCUCUGCUUCGCGCUCGGAAUCGCCAACUUCUUCAACUUGGGUCAUAUCUUGCUUGUCAUAUUCGCCGUACUAUGCCUAGCCUCCUCCUUCAUCAUCCUCUUUAUCGAAAUCCCGCUCCUCCUCCGAAUCUGUCCCACCUCCCCGACCUUCGAUAACUUCAUCCGCCGCUUCGAGACGAACUACAUGCGCGCCGGUAUCUACGGCGUCAUGUCCCUCAUCCAGUGGCUUUCGUUGACCAUCACCGAUAGCUCCCUCAUCGCGGCCGCGGUGGUUCUGCUGAUUGCGGCGUGCAUGUACCUGUUUGCGGGGAUCAAGGGGCAGCAGUUCCAGAGUAGCAAGACGCUUGGAGGGCAGGGGGUUGCGCAGAUGAUUGUAUGA